AUGCCCAAGAAGAAAAUAAUUUAUCAUGAUCAACCUGUAUCGAAGAGACCUCAUAGAAACAUGAAACCAAAAGUAGUAUUUGAUCCAUCUGAUACUCAUAUACCAAAGAAGAGAAAAAAAUAUUCUCUUACAAAUGAAAAGAAUUUAAAAUCUACUACUGUAAAAAUAACUACAAAUGAUAGAAGAAAAAAACAAGAUACCAUAAAGUCAAAUGUUUCCCCACAAGAUCUACAACUAAAUUCGGUAACUGAGGUAACUGAAUUAUUGGAUUCAAUGUCAACUGAAAUCAAUUCUGUAGAUCCAAUACAUUCAACAGUAAAAAGUGUCACUCAGGAAUCUUCAAAAAUUUGUUUUAUUUGUUCAAAAAUUCUAGGGAAGGCGGAAUUAAUUGACUGUCCAAUUUGUUUAAUUAAAGCUCAUAGACACUGUUUAAUAGUUGAUGAGCCCACGUGGAAAUUUAAAUUAAAUUUUUGUCCUUGGUUCUGUAAAAAAUGCAGAAAGCAAAAUUGUAUAAAAUGUCUCAAUGAUGAAUCUCAGUCGAGGAUACAGCGUCGCUGCAUAACUUGUGAAGUUGGAUUACAUAYCAUUUGUUAUAAAUCAUAUGACAUUAAACCAUUACAAAAAAUAGCAACUGGUAUGUAUGUAUGUAUUCCUUGCAUGACUUUGGCUACUCAAAUAAACCCAGAAGAAGAAGAAACAAUAGUAAAAGCAGAAAAAAUUAAUAUUGACGAUGAUGUUGAGUCAUGCACUUCGAGUAUUGCGUCUAUUUCAUUUGAUGAAAAUGAUACAGAUUCAAAAAGUAAUAGAUCUUAUAGUUCAACAGACUAUGAAAAAGAUGAUGAAUUUCACAAUAAUAAAAUCCCAAAUGUAUCAAAAUGGACUAAAAUUCAAGUGUUUGAUUAUUUAACAGAGGUUCUACCCCAAGAAAUUAUUGAUAAAAUAAUUAAAUAUGAUCUUGAUGGUGCUGCUCUAUUAUUACUUCAACGGACCGAUAUUGUAUCAAACAUGGGUUUGAAACUUGGAUAUGCCUUGACAUUUUACAAACAAGUGAGAAUU